GCCGCAGCGCGCCCGGCCCGCCGCCUGCGGCUCGUGGCGCGCCGCGCCUCGCUGCUCCACCUCACAACUUCUACAUUAUACUUUUUCAAUUUCCAAAAAGAUGCAUUUUUGAAUAAGAUAAUACUUAUUAGGUCUGCUAAACUGUUUCGAUUCGGUGUACUUAUUGUCUAUUUUAAACAAAAUGUUUGAUAUUUCCCAUUUAACAGCGCAGAUUUCCGUAAAUUGGCGAAUAGGUCCGCGAAGGUAAAUCUUGUAGACAUACCAAGACUUUUUAAUUUCAUCAGGUACUAUUGAGUAGUAAUCGCAAAUCCUUAAAUUCCCACGGCUAUAAAUCAUAUAAAAUGGACAACGAGUGGUGUCGAUACGGAUUUACAAUGGAGCGCUUUGGAUUUUCAAAGUAAUGAUGUGGGCGUUUGGGGUCCACAAUACCAUCGAAACAAACAAAAUAUCGGGUGAAUUUGUGGGAAUCCCGCAUGGUGCGCUGCGAGGGAGCCGCGCGGGCGCGUGUCCCGCCGCGCCGGGGGGAGUGGCGCCCGGACACCACCCAUUGGCUGCGGGCCGCUCCGCCGUCGCCGACACAAGCGCCCGCCUAGUGCGACGUAUUCUCCCACUUUACAUCACGACAUACAGACCAGAAUAGCGCUUCACUCGCUUCUCCCGGCAGUCAUCGCCGCACCACUCAUUGGCUCGAAUCCGACGUUGCGAGCUGUAUUAUGAUAAUAUAAAUUGACCAACCGUAGAGCAAAUUCGGUUAGUUCGUUAAAGUUGAUUAAAGCCAUUUAACCGGGACGGACACAGCGAUACGAACGGCGGCGUUCAUCGAUCCCGAGGGCUCGACUAAAUGAAGUCUUAUUAUUUAAUAUAGCCGGUGUAUAGUGCGGUGGGUCUGAGUGAGCGGAGCUGGCAGCGGCGACGACGGAGCCGAGCGAGGUGGCCGCGGAGGUAGCGGGCCCGCACGCGCCCGCCGCCGACUACAUGUACGUGUGCGAGCCGCGCUACGAGGGCGCCUUCGAGCCGGGCGGAGGCGGCGGCAUGGAGCAGCCGUUCGAGGAGCACAUGUUCGGGGAGUUCGGCAAGGAGCGCCACGUCCAGGUGGUGGUGGGCGCCGGCGGCGAGCUGCACUACCGCGAGGAGCUGGCGUACGCGCCGCCGCCACCGCCGCCGCCGCCCGACAAGCGGAAGGACGAGCCGCUGCUGCUGCCACCCGACCACGCGCCUCCACCGCCACCCACCACCACCACCAAGAAGAGCGACAAGAAGAAGAACGACAACAACGGCAUCAAGAAGAAGAAGACCAGAACAACAUUCACAGCAUAUCAGUUGGAAGAAUUGGAGCGUGCGUUUGAACGAGCACCAUACCCUGACGUGUUCGCGCGAGAAGAACUUGCGCUCAAGCUCAACCUGUCUGAAUCACGAGUACAGGUGUGGUUCCAAAACAGAAGAGCGAAAUGGCGCAAACGCGAACCUCCAAGGAAGACCGGCUACAUCGGAUCCAGUUCACCGAGCUCGACCACUCUCGGUGGGGGCUUCUCCGGCAUCGGCGGCAAUCUGCCCGCUUUCCCCCAGAACGGACUGCCCGCACCGGCCGACUCCUGGUCCUACCAACAUUCUUACGAGCUGUCCUCGCACCAUCUCCUGUCGUCCAGCAGUAGCGGGUACCCAGCGUUCAACACUCAGCCGGCGUAUUCGUAUACAACAGUAUUGAACGGCCACGACGGGCAGAUGUUUGCUCCGCGGCAUUCGUACGAGUACGGCGAGGGCAGCCCGCCGCCGCUGGGCGUGCGCGACUACCCGAUGAUGGCGGCGCACUCGCCACAGCUGGAGGCGCACGCGCACGACGACAAGCUCGAGUACCGUACGCAUGAGCACGAGGACAAGUUCUCGUCGUGCGCGCUGCAGGAGGAACCGCCGCGCUACGCCGCUCCCGACGACUACGACAAGUGCGCGCUGGUGCCGCACGACAAGCACUACGAGCUGGAGCGCCACCCCGCCGCCGGCCCCGGCGACCUCAACCCUCCCGUCGUCGUGAAGAUGGAGCCCAGCCCUGGACAACCCUACACAACCCUGCCCCCUUUUUUGAAUUGAAAUACUCCUUUUCGAAACUAUCCUAAUUAUGAAUAAUUUCGAAAAGGAGUAUUAUUGCAAUGACUUCAAGAAAUUACCAAAAUAUUAGAUUCGUAGCUCUAUAAACUCUGUUUUAUACGAAACCGCAAUAAAAUGUAAAUAUUUAUAUACGUGUGCGUAGUAUGUUUGAAAAAUAUAUCCGCAAUUGUGCUUGAUUGUAUUUAUACUAAACGUGUUUAUAUUUCGCUCAUGUAGCCCAGAAUUAACGUAGAGUGGUAGAGGUACAUAAUGUAAGUAACGUUUGCAAGACCUUCACUUCUCGUGCAUUCCUCGUGCCUUAUAAAGACAGUGCCUAUUGUCAAUUAGAUUUAUAUAAUUUGAAUAUUAUUUUAGAGUUUAUGUUCUUAUAACUAUAUUACGGCCUGUUGGUGCCGGUUAGAGUAACUAGAUUAAGAGGACCUGGCGUAUAUAGGAAUAACAAAAAAGUAGAAUAGACCUUUAAAAUAAAUAACAGAUAUUUCUGCUAAUAAUAAUACGUGAGAUAAUAAGUAAUGUUAAUAUAAAAUAUUUUCAGUUUCAAUUAAUUUUAAGUUUAUAUUUUUUGUAAUACUUACCAACUUUCUUAAUGCUUGAUCAGUUUUGAUUGUUAUUGUACUCCAAUAAGAAUGAAAAAUGGUGAAGCGUAGUUGUUGUUGAUAAAACAUGUGAAUGAUUUGUGCCAACUAUAAACGAAUUAUUAUUUACAUACAGAUAUGUAAACAUAGUGUAAGCGAGUACAUAUUUAAUUUUCGAAUGCAUGUCCUGCUACGAGAAAUCUUUCUCAAGUGUAUGAAUGUAAAUAAUUCUAGGAAUUAUAUUUGUAUUAAUUAAUUUCUCAGUAUUGUAUUAUAUACGUUUUAAUAAAUAUAUUUUUUGUGCCCGAAAAUUACAGUUUCAGUAUAAUACGAUUUUGAGAGUUUCUGCAAAAGGAAAAUUAUAUUUUUAAUAACUUUUUUACAAUAAAGAAUAAUUUAUUGAUAUUUGCAUGACAUCAUGUUAGAUUUUCAUGUCUAUAUACCUAAGUUACAGAAAUCUAUGUUUGAUGAUAACCAUACACUUUUUAUAAGGACAAUACAUGAUCUCCUAUGAACACAGAUUGUCUAUACUCAACUGUAUUUAGUGGAGACAGUGCCAAAGCUAGCAACCAAAGAUAGAUAGUUUAUAAACGAUUGAGAAAGCUAUUCAAUAUGUACAUAGAGUAUAAAAUAGGUCACAAUAACACAGGUAUGAAGCGAAAUUAUUUGAAUAGCAGGGUCUUUUUGUAAGAUUUACAAGCAUUUUUUUUAUAUUUAAUUUUAUUGCAUGAUAUUUGUUUUGCUUAGGUAAUUAUAAUUAGUUAAAUUUUAUGAAAUUUUUGUAUGUUAAGUUUUAAAAAGCAAUACAUACUUAUAUUUAGAUUUAGAGUUUUAUAGAUUAAGCUGGAUAUUUUAUAAAUGGUGGGAUAUUGAUUAAUAUUAC